GCUGCAGAGACCAGCCCAUCAAUGGGACGCUCUCAGUGAGUACUUCAUCGGCUGCUCUGAGCUGCGUACGGGGAACUGAUCGUUUACUCUGGCUGUAUUUUGUAUCUAUAGGGACGGUUUUGCUUAUUCAAACUGAAACUUUUACUUAUGGUUGGUGAUUAUGGGGCCAACGUGUGGUUUCUUAUUGGGAAACAUCGUUUUCAUCUUCCUGUUGGGAUGUAAAGGAUCUGCUGGUCUAUACUUCCCGCAGAAAUCAUAUUCAGAGACCAUUUACAUAGGGCAGGCUGCAGGGACACCUGUACUCCAGGUCCACUCCAUGCCGGAAAGUGACUCUGAGAGGCCUCACUUCCACUUGUGCCGGACCAUGAAGGCUCCAUACUACAGCACAUGGUUCCACAUGGAUGAGACCACAGGAGUUCUGUCCAUGAAUAAAACCCUGGAAUGGAAUGAUUUUGACUCUCACUAUAAGAGCUCUGUGUCAGUGAAGAAGCUGACCCUGAGUGUUGCAACCCCCAAACCCAUAGCAACCCCCAAACCUGACCAUGGGCUCCGUUGUUAUGGUCAGUUAACUAUCAAGAUCAUCCUGACCUUUGUCAACGCCACAGUGCCCCUUUGUGGCCAAACCAAGAUGGAGAAGCUGUGCUUCCCUGACCACAACCUAAACCUCCACAUCAAAGAGAACAGAUUCCCAGGGGCACUUCUUCAACUCAGGCCCCUUUCCAGGCUCAACAUCUGCCCUAACUACACCAUCUCCUACAGCGUUGAAUCAGAGGUCCCUGCACCGUUUGCUGUUAAUGACAACACCACUGAGUUGGUGGUGACCGCUCCGUUGGACCGCGAGGAGAGGGAGAUGUAUCGUCUGGUGCUCGUCUGCGUGGUCCAGACCGAGGAGAACCUCAGCAAGCAUUUUGUUCCACUUCUGGUUAGCAUCUACGACGAAGAUGACAACGCACCAUAUGUGAAUGGCACGGACACAGAUGAGAUUGUGAUCGAGUUCAAUCGCAUUGAGGGAGGAGUUUUCGGCAACUUAACUGUAUAUGAUCGAGACACAACGGCUAGUUACCCCAAAGACCAUAAUCAAAAUUGGUUGGUUGGUACUAUGUUGACAAAUGACAUAUGGAUCAGAGAUCGAUUCACUGUAGAACAUACCUUCAGAGAAGAAAAGAGCAUUUUUGGCAACGUUCGAGGGACCGUUCAUGAGUACAGGCUUAAACUCAAUCGGAGCUUGUCUGUGACAGAAAAUCGUACCUUCCAGCUUCCCUAUCUGGUUAAUGACACCACCUACCCUGGUCCUGAUGGAACAGUGAUGCUGCACUACAACAUCACCAUCAUACCCGUUCCAAUCCGCUUCACCAAUGUCACCUAUCUUUUCCCACUGACACGUAGAUCCUCUGUUUAUGCCCAGGUUGGUAGAGUGUGUGUGGACAACUGCCUGAAGUUUCAGGGCAUCAAUGUCACGUACCGGCUAGAGAUAGCAGAGAAGAAUGUUUCUGCUGACAUGCAGGCCUGUUAUGCCGCUAUUAGCAUAGCCCAAAGCCUGAGGGAUGAAUCGGGAGUGCUGUAUGUGAAUGACUCUGAGGCACUGCGCCGACCAGAGUGCCAGGACCUCCAAUACUCUGUGGUUGCCCAGGAGCAGCAUAACCAACUGCAGGCCAGCACUCAAAUACUUAUAGUACUCGAUGGAGAAGCAGACAGGCAGUCUCUACAGGACCAGCGCUCACUGUCUUGUGCGGAAGGAAGACAGCGAGGGGACUGCGAGGCAAUCAGAGGUCUGGGCGCCACCAAAGGGAGGUGCCAGUGGAGACAGGGCACAGAAAAAGGAAUAUCAGAGAGUUAUUCCACCUGCUCUCCAGACCUUCAUACCUGUCCUGAUGGCUUAUGUGAUGCAAUUGAGAGCAAGGACAUGUCGAUAUGUCCACAGGACUGCACUGGUGAACCUGUAAUCGGAGGUCAUGAAAAAGGCUUGAUGUUUGGCAUCAAAGCUGGCUAUGGAACCUGCUACUGCUACUCUGAGAAAUGCUAUUGUGAGAAAGACGAUGUUGAAGAGGCCAUAUGUGACGAUAUGUGUAAGACCAUCAUCGCCACUGCCGUGCUGCUCUCCUUCAUAGUCUCCAUCCUCCUCUCCUCCUACUUCAUCCAUCGUUACCACAAGAACUCUCCCAAGCCGCCUAUAGCCUCAGCUGAGAUGACCUUCCGUCGGCCGGCUCAGUCUUACCCUAUCAGUUACUCUGCUAACAAUGUACGACGCGGCUCUCUGGACUCCAUGGAGAACCAAGUGGCCAUUGACACAUUCAAAAUACCUGAGGAUCCCAAGUGGGAAUUCCCUCGUAAAAACCUGGUGCUGGGUAAAACCUUAGGAGAAGGGGAGUUUGGGAAAGUUGUCAAGGCGACUGCUUUCCGUCUCAAAGGAAAGGCUGGUUACACCACAGUGGCUGUGAAAAUGCUUAAAGAACAUGCCUCACAUAGCGAGCUCCGUGAUCUGCUGUCAGAAUUCACUUUACUGAAGUAUGGAGCUUGCAGUCAGGAUGGACCAUUGUACCUGAUUGUGGAAUAUGCAAAGUAUGGAUCGCUACGCAACUUCCUCCGUGAGAGUCGAAAAGUCGGGCCCAGCUACAUGAGCGGCGAUGCCAACCGCAACUCCAGCUACCUGGAGAACCCAGACGAAAGGGCACUUACUAUGGGCGACCUGAUCUCCUUCGCAUGGCAGAUCUCCAGGGGUAUGCAGUACUUGGCGGAGAUGAAGCUUGUCCACAGGGACCUCGCUGCAAGAAACGUCUUGGUUGCAGAGGGGCGUAAGAUGAAGAUUUCCGACUUUGGCUUGUCCCGAGACGUCUAUGAAGAAGACUCAUAUGUAAAAAGGAGCAAGGGUCGAAUCCCAGUCAAAUGGAUGGCAAUAGAGUCCUUGUUUGAUCACAUUUACACAACACAAAGUGAUGUCUGGUCCUUUGGUGUGCUGCUCUGGGAGAUAGUAACACUGGGUGGAAACCCUUACCCGGGUAUUGCCCCUGAACGCCUUUUUAACCUCCUCAAAACGGGCUACAGGAUGGAGAAACCAGAGAACUGCACAGAUGAAAUGUAUAAUCUGAUGCUCCGAUGCUGGAAACAGGAGUCAGACAAGAGGCCAGUGUUUUCAGACAUCAGCAAAGAACUUGAAAAGAUGAUGGUGAAAAGCCGGGAUUACCUGGACCUGGCAGCAUCAACACCAGCUGAUGCCCUGCUGUACGACGAUGCCCUCUCUGAAGAGGAUACGCCUCUAGUGGACUGUAAUAACGCCCCUCUCCCUCGAACCCUUCCCUCCACAUGGAUUGAAAACAAGCUAUAUGGCAUGUCAUACCCGAACUGGCCUGAGAAGAGCCCGGUACCUCUCAACAGACUUGAUGCCACUAACCCAGUCUUUACAAGAUAUGCCAAUGAUAGUGUUUAUGCAAACUGGAUGGCGUUGCCUUCACCCGCAAAAAAUGUGGACAAGCUUGAUAGUUAAAAGCAAAUCAACAUUGUAGAAAAGAUUCCUAAUUGGGUAGAUGUGUAUAUUUAUAUAAAAACUGUACAUACACAAUCUGAUGCUAAAGUUGGUUCCCUUUUAUUUCUGUUGCACGGGUAAUUCAAAUCCAAGAAAACUGGGGGAUAAUAAAGUAUUUUUGCUGCAAAAUGGCUAUACAGCAUUGACCAUGCUUCAAGCAGCUGUUUGGUAUGUUCAUCAUUACCUCAAGGUCAUGUUGGCCAAAUUGUAUCAUUGCAUGACUAUAUACUGUACCAGGUUGUAUGUCAAUGUAAUUGUCUUUCAAGUGCCUGUGCUGCUUCUAAUAGCCUCCAAUUAUUAGUGUACGACUGUGAAGAUCUUGUACCAUCCUCGGAAUUAAAGGGCACAUCUUUACCAUCACCACUCGUAGAUCUCUGGAGAUGAUUGACAAAGAGACAACAUUGAGUUUAAACAUCUGAACAUCUGUAAAGUUUCUACUUCAUAUAAUAUUGUUCUUUAAAAUGUAAACAUUGCAUUUGUUGUGGUACCCAACAGUUCCAACUAUACUUGCCAAAGAAAAUAAGACAACCAUGUUGAAUUAAAUAAAUCUGAACACAAAAAUAUCAAAUAGUGUUACUGUAUGAAGGACAUAAUACUAAAUGUAGAAUGUGGCAUGUCCAGUGUAAAACUGCAGUUCACCUUAUGAUUCAUGUAAUGGCAAUCUUUGUGAAAAAAUUAUAGUUCAGCAAAUACAUUUGUGUUAAUAAUUGUUAUUAUAUGAUUUUG